CCUACCUUCCCUGCCAUGAUGGAAUGUAUCUCUUCAAGCUAUAAGCUAGAAUAAACUUUAAAUUGCUUUUUGUCCAAUACUUUGUUUUGCUACGAAACAGUGCUUUCCUAUCACAGAAGAAUAGAGGAAACGUGAACUAAUUUUGCCGUGCACCUAAACAGUGAACUUUAAUGGCCAUAGCAAAAGUCAGUUUGCAAGCAUUGGAAUAAAUCUUGAAAAGAAACAUUGUGCAACAUGGAUCCUCUAACACAAGAAUUUUUUGUAAGUGGAAACCCUGGUGUGGAAGAACAGACCAAGGAAGAAACUGAAAAUAAUUCAGAGAAGCCAGUCAGUCAGCUGGACAAACAGAAAACGGAUAUAUCUACUGUCCCUGAGCCUGUUAACCCACUGGUAGAAGUAAAGAAGGUAUUAAAGGCAAUCAGUGCUCUUCCCAAAGGUGUGUUCCCUAACAUUGAAAAGUUCAUACAAGAAGACUUCUCCUUCCAUACUGUGCAGAGGGAAGUUACAACUAAUAGCCAAACUGGGGAAGAAAUUGCUCCUGCUUUAACAUUACAUGUUUUGAUAACACAACUGGAAACAGCACUUAGAAACAUUCAAGCUUCUAAUUAUACGGCAGAACAAAUUAAUGUUGGUUAUUACUUGACAUUACUGUUUUUGUAUGGAGUGGCACUAACUGAUAGAGGAAAGAAAGAGGACUGCAUAGAAGCUGAGAAUAAAUUUCUGGUGAUGAAGAUGGUGAUCCAAGAAAGUGAGAUGUGUGAAAACUUUAUGUGUUUAGUUUAUUUUGGACGUGGUUUACUUCGAUGUGCUCAGAAGAGAUAUAAUGGAGCACUACUAGAAUUUUACAAAAGCUUACAAGAAAUAGGAGAUACAGAUGAUAAUUGGUUUGAAGUAGAUCCUACAGAUGAUGAAGAUUUACCUACAACCUUCAAAGAUAGUCUUGAUAAUUUUAUCAAAACAACUGAAAGUAAUAUAACGAAAGAGACCAUUUGCAGUUAUCUUGAUUGUGAGCGUUCUUGUGAAGCUGACAUUUUAAAGAACACCAACUAUAAGGGAUUUUUUCAGCUAAUGUGCAGUAAAAGUUGCUGUAUUUACUUCCAUAAAAUUUGUUGGAAAAAGUUCAAGAACUUAAAGUAUCCAGGAGAAAGUGAUCAGAGUUUUAGUGGGCAAAAAUGUUUGAAAGACGGCUGUGCAGGCGACAUGGUAAGGAUGCUACAGUGUGAUGUUCCUGGAAUUGUCAAAAUAUUGUUUGAAGUGGUGAGAAAGGAUGAAUAUAUAACCAUUGAAAACUUAGGACCAAGUUACAAGAAUUUGAUGUCUAUGGAAUUAACUGAUACUGAUAUUAGACCGAAAUUCAAUUUAAAAUCAGAUCCAAAAGAUGAAGUGCCUAUCUUCAAACUUGAUUAUAAUUAUUUCUAUCAUCUGCUUCAUAUAAUUAUUAUUUCUGGUACUGACAUUGUCCGGCAAAUAUUUGAUGAGGCUAUGCCACCCACCCUUUUGAAAAAAGAGCUGCUUAUACACAAGAAUGUGCUGGAACCCUACUACAAUCACCUUUGGACAAAUCACCCUUUGGGUGGAUCAUGGCAUCUGCUUUAUCCCCCAAACAAGGAGCUACCACAGUCCAAACAGUUUGACUUGUGCCUCUUAUUAGCACUCAUUAAACAUCUGAAUGUAUUCCCUGCACCCAGAAAAGGCUGGGAUAUGGAACCACCAUCUUCUGAUCUCUCUAAGUCUGCAGAUAUUCUGAGGCUCUGCAAGUACAGAGAUAUCCUUCUCAGUGAGAUUCUGAUGAAUGGUCUCUCUGAGACACAGUUCAAUUCAAUUUGGAAAAAAGUUUCUGAUAUCCUUCUGCGCCUUGGGAUGAAACAAGACGAUAUUGACAAAGUCAAGGAGAAUCCCAUUGAGAAUAUCUCCCUUGAUUAUCAUCAGCUGUCCAUUUAUCUAGGCAUACCAGUACCAGAAAUCAUCCAGAGGAUGUUAUCCUGCUAUCAACAAGGAAUUACUCUACAGUCAAUAACAGGCAGUCAGCGUAUAGAAGUAGAAGACUUACAGAAUGAUGAAGAAGAAUUGAGUCCACCUGUGAUGGAAUACAAUAUAGAUGUGAAAUCAAACACUGAAAUACAGUUAGCAGAAAUAAAUAAAGAUGUAGCCUCAAUACCGAGUGAAUCUUCAACUGAAUCUGUUAAAGAUCUUCAGGAGGUCAAAAGUAAAACAAAGAAAAAGAAAAGAAGUAAGAGUAAUAGAAAGGACAAGGACUCAGAAGACGAACAGGCCUCAUAUAUGGUAGAGAAGGACGACCAGCUGGAGACAGAACAAGUAGACAUGAGCACACUCAGUGCAUAUGUGAAAACAGAUACAAGUGAUGCACAGGACGACUCUGCAGCCGAGGACAAGUUCUGUAGUCUGGACGAACUGCAUAUCCUGGACAUGGUAGAGCCGGGCUCAUCUGGGAAGGACAGUGCAGACUUGAAGGAAACUGAAAGGGAGCGGCUCGCUCAUCAACAUCAGCUUUAUAAACUGCAGUAUGAAUGUGAAGAUUACAAAAGGCAACUGAAAACAGUGACAUUUCGGUGGCAGGAAAAUCAAAUGCUGAUUAAAAAGAAAGAAAAGAUCAUUGUAUCUCUUAACCAACAAGUGGCUUUUGGAAUCAAUAAAAUGUCCAAAUUACAGCGCCAAAUCCAUGCUAAAGAUGAUGAAAUCAAGAGCCUUAAAGACCAGCUUUCCUUGAAAAGAUCUCAGUGGGAAAUGGAGAAGCAUAAUCUGGAAAGCACGGUUAAAACGUAUUUAAACAAACUGAAUGCAGAAACCAGCAGAGCCUUAACAGCUGAGGUGUACUUUUUACAAUGUCGUAGAGACUUUGGCUUACUGCACCUCGAGCAGACAGAAAAGGAGUGCCUCAAUCAGCUGGCCAGGGUGACGCACAUGGCCGCUAGCAACCUGGAAUCACUUCAACUAAAGGCUGCUGUAGAUAGUUGGAACGCCAUUGUGGCGGAUGUUCGAAACAAGAUUGCAUUUCUCAGGACACAGUACAAUGAACAGAUCAACAAAGUGAAGCAGGGGUUUGCCUUGAGUACCUUGCCUCCAGUCCAGCUUCCUCCACCACCUCCAAGUCCUGAGAUACUGAUACAGCAAUUCUUAGGAAGACCUCUAGUGAAGGAAUCUUUCUUUAGACCCAUACUUACUGUCCCUCAAAUGCCUGCAGUUUGCCCUGGAGUCAUCUCUGCAGCUGUACAACCAAGGCCACCCCUGAUGCCUGGUAUAACCUGGGCUAUGCCAACACCUAUAGGUGACACUGUGUCACCCAGUGCAAGUCUGUGCAGUGAGCCUCUCAUGAUAAACUGGGAGAGGAUUACAGACAGGCUGAAAGCUACUUUUCCACAACAGACAAGGAAAGAGCUAACAGAUUUCUUACAGCAAUUAAAGGAUUCUCAUGGGAAGUCCGUGUCUCGACUGACAUUUGAUGAAAUUGUUUAUAAAAUUUCUCAAAUGAUUGAGCCCAAGAAAUCUGAGGGUGAAGAAAAGUCUGCUCCAGAUGGCAAUAAUGCUUCACCCAGCCACACCGCAUCACAGCCUAAUGUUCCCCAGGACCCCAAGUCAUCCCAGGGUUCUGCCACAUGGGAAGGAGCCAAAGAUGUGGAUAAUGACGAGGAAGAAGAGGAGCCUUGUGUAAUCUGUCAUGAGAAUUUGUCUUCAGAAAACCUUUCCGUUUUGCCUUGUGCUCACAAAUUCCACUCUCAGGAGGACAGCCUGGAGAUUUAAAUGGUAUACAGUAUACAGUUCCCAUGAACAGAACUAGGAGAAAUAUUGAUUGGCAUAGCAAUGAGUGACAAGACUAACAACAAAGAAGUGCCACUUUACCCCGACUUGCUAUAAAUUCUACAGUGUCCAUUGUACUUCUGUAAUAAUGGCCCUUCUCAUUUUAAAGCAGAAGACUUCCUUAGUUUCUCAGCUCUUGUGUUUACGUGUGAAGGUUCAGAUCCUGGAGUGUUAAUGUUAGAGAAGUGUAAGACUGACAUAUCAUUUGUGUUCUUGAUAUUUCCCUGUACUACCUGGGUCUGCUGCUGUAUAUCUGUUACUCAUGUAUAAUGAAUGCCUCAAAUCCUCUUGUGAUUUGACAAAAGAAAAGAUAAUCUUACACAAGAAGUGUUUUCUUGGGGAUUUUUUCAAACCGUGUUUCAAAGAUACAAUAUGUGGUACCUGAUGCAAAAUUAUGUGUGUUAUCUUCUUUGAUUUGAAGAGGUAUGAAAAAUAGACAAUCCCAGAGGUCUCCAAGAUGACACUUGGCCUAACCCAGCUUUCCCAUUUUGAAAUUUUAAUGUGUGAUGAGUUUUUAAAAAGAGUGUUUAAUAGAGCUUGUGCCCACUUCACAGUGAACAAGUAUGUGAUUCAUUCAGGUUACUCUUUGGGGUUAGUUAUUGGGCCUCAAACAGUCCCUGUACAUAAUCCUAUUACCUAAUUUGGCUCUGCAUUAUUCAGACAUCAAAAACACCUGGGUUUGAUGUCAAUACUUAGAGUCAAGACAUAAUGAAUACUUUAUAGUUCAAGAUAACUGUCAUUGUCACCGUAGAAAACAAUCAGAAGAGACUUUUCCUCCAGGGAGUUUCAGCUUUAGAGCCCCGUAAGGGUAUUGGUAACAUUCAUAUGCUUUGUUUGAUUUUUUUUAAUGAAUCAUAAAUGAAAAGAACAUAUAAAUAAAAUCUACAAAAAAGAGACUAUAGCAAGCUUCCCCAAUAUUUUUGUCAGGAAGAAGUGCUUGCCAUUUUUUAAAAUAGGGUGAGACCAAAAUUGGAGUCAAAUAGAUUGGCUUAAAGAUACUCUGCAGCUGCCAGUUAUGUUGCUUAGCAAAUCAGAGAGGGUGCCAUACUUGUAGCAGAUGGCUUGGCUCUCAGACCCCCCAGAAGAUGUAAUGGUCGUAACUACAGUGUAUAGCGUUGUAGCUGCCUCUGCUCAGCUAAGUUUGCAGCUCUGACUUGAAUCAUUUUGCUCCUUAGUGCAUUAGACCAUGGUUGAUGCAACAGGGCACAUGCCCCACCUGCAGGCUCCAUGUUUUGCUACCAGAAGAAUUCCCUGGCCACCCCAACGGGCAGUUUCCCAAGAUCUGAUACAAGGCAGGUAGCUAUACCUAAGAUUAGUUUUAGACACUGGAAUUUAGUUCUGCUUUUUUACAAGCUAAUUGUGUGAACAGUAUUAUGCAGCAGUAUGUCCUUGACCAGCUAUUCAUACCAGAGCUGAGUCAAAGAGAAUUGAGACAGAUCUACAGCAAAUGUAUAUUAAAUGGAAGGGACGUAAAGAACAUGGAUUUUAUUGCUUUUUGUAAGAUUUUACAUCUGUAAACACAAGACUUGUAAACAUGACUGCUAGUAUAUUUCUUAGAAUGUCCUGUCUUUUCUUCCUUUUUACUCUGUUGCCCUUUACUUUCUCUCAAGGAUGCUAUAUUUUAGUUUCCUGAGAUAAGUUUAGUAGAGCAAGCAGAAGGUAGCAAAAUCCUAUAGACUUAAGUUUUCUUGUUAACUUUGAAAGCUUAGUGUUAAAAUCUAAUUACUGUAAGUUUUAUUUCUAUCUCCCUUGUUCUUUCCUAUCUUCCGAGAUGCCUACACUUGAUGAGAUGAUGGCCUUUGACACUGGUGGCUGUGCAAUGGUUGGUAAUAGCUUGUGAAGGUGAUGGUCUGUUUCAGACUGUACAGAUCCAAUUUGUCAGUUUGCUGCCAUGUAAUCUCCAUACCAAUUACACUGUAGAAACUGCAACUAAGACUCGUCAAGAGCUAGUUCUUAAAAUCACGCCACAAGAUGCUUGUAUUCCUAAUAUUUAGCAAAAUAAAUACAGAAUGAAGUUAGAAUUAGAAAUCAAGAUGUAGUAAAAGGGGCAGACAUGCAAAUUAGGUCAUUUUCUGGGAUAACUGAGAUCUUAUAUUCCUUUGUAAACAUAUUCUUUGGUUCUUAGUCAUUUGCAUUUGGAGGAGUUGUGGGCUUUUUUGUCGUUUUGUUUUGCUUUUCUCUUUAAAGUUGUCUCCUUUUAUGUAGUUAUUCUGGGGAAGAGAAGAAGCCAUUAUGUGUACUUGCUGCUGCUUAUGACAGAUUUGAUAUCCACUAGACCAACUGUCUAUCAAAGCUUAUUACCGAGAGUUUCAAUUCUUAGACAACAAAGCCUGUUUUAAAAAAUAGUGUAAAUGCCUGUAAGUAUUGUACAUGCCUAUACCUUCAGACGCAAAGUAGACCUUGGCUACCUUGUGACACAUGUGUUCCUUGGUUCGUAUUUGCAAUCUCAAUUUUAUUAAUUUUGGGGGAAAAGUCCUUUUUGACUCAGCAACUAUUUUGUCUAUAUAUUUCAGUGUAAAUGUAUCUUGAAGUUACUGUGAAUCUCUAUUUAAAAAGUCAGUGCCUGUAAUUGUAUACUAAACUUUUUUUUAUUUUGAAAAUAAACUGAAAAAUGUGAAAAAAUAUUUUUAAGAUUCCAACAUCCGAGUGGGUAAGAUGACUUGGCAGCUAAUGGUGCUUGUUGGAGUUUGAUGACCUGAGUUCUAUCCCUGGGACCUGCAUGGUAAAAGGAAAGAACCAAUAAUCUGUAAAUUUUCCUCUGACCUUCUCAAUGUACAUUGUGGCUUUGGUGUGCACAUGCACACAGUACUUGUAGAUGCACGAAAGAGAAAGAGAAGAAAGACUUUUUAAAUAUGCCAUUUGUCUAUAUAUAAAGUACCAACAUUGUGUUGGAAUUGUAAAAUCUAGAACUUACGGGAUAUGUAAUCGUUGUCUUAUCAUGGUUAUGUAGCAAGUUACCUUGUAAUUUUUAGUUCAUGCUUACAGUUUGUUUCCUAGUUCAUGCUUAUAAUUGUAAUUUCAUUUUCAUGUGGAAAAUAAAAAUGUUUCUGAAUUGAA